GGACCCCGGGGCAUCUGACGUCGAAUGGCAUCUUUGCUGUCAGUUUGUCGAUCUGCAUCUACAACUUCUACAAGGCGGUUGUGUGUGAUCCAGGUUGGACAGUGCCAGAUUCCUCUCAAGACCGACUUACAGAGGUAAUCGUCUCUAUGCAACAACAGUAUGAUCUUGUUCCAAGGCUAAUUUGACCAAAAAUGGCUGUCUUCCAGUUGGUCGAAGAUUUGGCGGGGAAAUCCCUGCUGAAUGGGACAUACUUUUGCAUAGUCUGUAUGGCCAGGAAACCUCUGCGAGGAAAGCACUGCAGGCUCUGCAACCGAUGCACGGGUCGUUUCGACCAUCACUGCCCAUGGAUAUGGAACUGUGUCGGAUAUAAUAACCAUCCCAACUUCUUGCUCUUUGUCGGGAGUCUCGUCAUCGGUAUCAUCACCUUUGACAUUCUCGCUGUGAUAUACUACGGAGAGAAUGGCCCGGUCUAUCAACCGGAGAAAUCGCCUUAUAUAACGUUCUGUCAAACGCUACCUUCCGUUUGCGGAGCAUAUCAAACGGCGCCAUACCUGCUUGCCGUAACGUUAUGGUCUACGCUGCAACUCACGUGGACAACGAUCCUUCUGGCGAGCCAGGCUUGGCAGGUCGCGCGUCAAAUGACAACGCUAGAAGUCAGCAAUCUUGGACGGUAUGGAUUUAUGGGAGGAAGAGGUGGCACAAGUCUCCGAGAACAAGGAGGUGCAAUGGCCGCCUUACACGCUCAUGGCGCACCGUCUGCAAAUCGACCUGAGCACGAACUGCAAGCAGACGUCAUAGAUAUAGGUGCAGGACCAGGACAAGCGGGGGCGGAAGAGGAAGGUCUUGCGACUUCCGACUCAAUUGGCGUGAACGAGUCUGUCCCCUUUGGGACCUCGACCACAAGGACGGAUUCGAGACGGCUGUCGCCGUCGCGCGUCUCUCAUAAUCCUUGUGUGGCACUGGCAGGCGGUGCAUUGCGCUAUUGCGCGAAUGGUCCUCUCUUGCAACUGUUAGGGCUCGAUCGCUUCACAAAAGGUGCUGCAGGAAGAGGUAUGAGGCUGGCGGAAGAAGGUGGCGGGAACCCGUUUGACAUGGGCAUCGUGACUAAUUGUGAGGAUUUCUGGACGAGAGGACAGGCCCUGGAUAUCGAUUACAAAGAGCUGUACUCGAUUCCGAAUGAAGACAGGUACAAGGACCUUGAGUACCUCGACAACCUUACUCAGUACCUCGACAACCUUACUCAGUACCUCAACAACCUUACUCAGUACCUCAACAACCUUACUCAGUACCUCAACAACCUUACUCAGUACCUCAACAACCUUACUCAACGUACCUAG